AUGGUCUUGGACAACGCACAGCUGAGCGUGGACAAUGGGACAAUGACGAAGAGCUUUGUGGAGAUCAGUACGUUGGAUUUAACUUCUUCAAACCAGACUUGUCAGCAGGAUUACCGGUCGAUUCUCAGUUUCUUUUUAAUCCACUUCUUCUUCUGUUUUCACCUCUUUGUUUUAGACCCUGAUGCCAACGUUGCUGCUCCUCCUCCAACGGUAAGUCACUCAACAUAACUCUUUUUAAACAGUCAGUCCGGUCAGAUAGACGGUUUAGUCAGUUUAAAGACUCACCAGGUUAGUGGGAGACUUGGAGAUGUGAAACUUGAAGACAACUAAAAGAGGUCAGAUAGAUGUCUAAAUGUAACCUAGCCCUUUAAUGCCUGACACCACAAAUUAUGGCCUGAAAAUUCAAUUUUUUUGGAGCUAAAAUGUUUGACUUACUACUAAAAACCAAAAAAAUAUAUAUAAAUGUCCUUAAAAUUUAACAAAUCUGUUUAUUUAUCUUGUUUGUUAUAUUUUAUGUUUUUGGGAACUGAUAAACCACAAGGACAUUUUUAUAAUUUAUCAGACUGUAUUCAGGUGUUUUUUUCAGUAAUUUGUUGAUCAUAUUGAUUUGAAAGAAGUAUUAUAAAAGUAUGUAUCAAAUAUGAUACAAAAGGCAUUAAAGGGCUGGACAACUGGUCUGAAAUCAGGCUACCACAGGUCUAAAAAUAAAAGUUUUUUAGACGUCUAAAUCUAGACCAAGUUUAGACCAAGUCUAAAUCUGGGCUAUAUCUAUACUACACUGUAUAUUACUUAACAGCUAUCAUAAUUAUUUUGGUGAAGUACUUGGAGAUCAGUUAUGCAACUCAUAAUGGGUUAAAGUGCAACGUCUUAAUUCUAAAAAUAUACAGAAUCUAUACGGUUGAAAUUAGGUCAAAAACAAAACUAGACGUCUAAUUGCCGUCUGUGGCUCAGUAGGUUAAAAUAAUUUGCUUACUAUGCUAGAGUAAAAUUCAACAACCUAGAUAAGUUCUGAAACGGUGAAAUAGUGAGCCGAUAAUUAUUUAAAUGAGUUGCCUUAAGCCGUCUUUUCACUGUGGUCUCAUUAAUUGUUAAAAGCUCACAGUGAUAGACACGAUGAUAAGCUCUAUUAGCCGACAGUGAUGGACAACAGCGAGGACGAUGAGACUGUGAGUGAGAAAAACGACAAAGUUAUCCCAUAACUGAGCGAUAACAAACAUUCAUAGACCGGUCCAUUCAGACAUCAGGCCAGUCGCUCAGGAGGUAGAGCGAUCGUCUAAUAACUGGAAGGUUGGCGGUCGAUUCCCCCCUAUCCCAAGUCUGUCCAUUGUGUCCUUGGGCAAGACACUUAACCCACCUUACCCCCAGUGUGUGUCCUCCACUUGUGUAUGAUUGUGAGGGUUAUAUGGUGGUGAUCGGAGAGGCUGUAGGCGCAAACUGGCAACCACAUUUCUAUCAGUCAACAGCUGUGACUACUAAGGUAGUUUACCACCACCAAGGUGUGACUGCAUGAGCGAAUGAAUGAUGCAGCCAAUGUGAAGCACCUUGAGGGUCUCAUUAUGAAGUGAUCGCCUCUUUGAAUCUCCUAUCAGGAACCCAAGGUAGAAGCACCAGAGCAACCAGACCCCUCCAAGAUCGAGGUGGUCUCCGUGACAGAGGAAGACCUCCCAACCGUCGAGACCCCCAACACCCUGAAUGUCAGCCCGCUGGGCAGCUUCUCCACCGAGGCCCAACCGGAGAACGAACCCGCCAAACCCGAGGAGCAGAAACCUCCGACCGCGCCCAGUCCGAGCAUGCCAAUCACCAAGGUGCAGCCCUUCAUGAACGGUGAGACCCUUAUAGGGUUACAGAGAGAUCUGACUGAAAGGGGAGAUGACUGACACACUUAGUCAGGAGGAUAAUGGAGAUCCAGCUGUCCCAGAUUUGGUUUUAUGCUGCCGUGUCCUUCAGCUCUUUGUUGUCAUCACUUUCACAUGAGGAAGUCGUUUCUCCACCUCUACAGACCUUACUGAGUUUGAUUCACAUCCAGAUUAUUGAGCUUUUUAUCAAGGUGAAUGAGAGUUUGACUGAUGAUGGAGUUGUUUACUUGGUUGGACACUUUUUUCUAUCUAUUGGCGUUGGAUUGAAAUCAGCUGUAUCUACCUCCUUGUUAAACUUCUUCUUUGACAUUUGCAGAUCUUCAUAGCUCUUCACAGUAUUUUCACUCUGUGUUUGUUUCUGAAUGUUUUGUGCUGAUAGAGGAUGACCUGGAGAAGAGCUGGAAGAGCAGACUGCUCGCUCAUCGCUUGGAGCUCCUCAUCUUCUCCUCCGUCAUCGUGGCCGUCAUCCUCAUCCUCGGUAUCGGCCUCGGAGGUAAGAGGCCCUGCGCUCUGUGAACCAGCUGGUAAUAAUGGAGCCGCUGUAGCAUGGCAUGACUUUACCUCAUCAAUAUUUGAUCGGGUCCUUACCUGUUAUAUAAUUUAAGUCCGACCCACGCGGAGAACUCCUGAGGUCACUGACACGAUAUUUAAAUUGAAUUUGACGGGCUGUUUAACAGAGUAGGGACAUUUUUACAGACAGUUACACACGUAGGAGGAGAAAUAAGCAGGAAAAUUAACCGGAAGAAACUCGGAGGACGCUAGUUUGUGUUCCUGGAGAUGUCAGUGGUUGUCGAGUUCUGAGAAACAGCUGGUAUCAAAUGUUGCCGUGGUGAUAGCAGAUCACUGCUCUCAGCAUCAGAGGUUCAGAUGGUUUCAUGAACUGGUCGACUUUAUCAGUUAAAUAGACGCUGACUAGGUUGUAGGGCUGAACGAUGAAUCGAUUUUUAAUCCUAAUUGGAUUAUUUGAUGAUGACAAUGUUGAAAAAAUUUAAAUCAUCAAAUCGAUUUCUCCUCUCUUCUAUCAUCUCUCCCGCCUCCAGGCGUAGGGGAGGCUCCGUAGGCUCCUCAGUUCCCACACACACCAGUGUAAACAAACAUGGCGUUUACAAAAGAAGGCGAUAAUUUCGUGGUUAAAUAGAACAAGAGCGAGUCAGUCGUGUUGAAUUGGUACGGCUUCACAGUUUCAGAUGAAGAGCAAACCACUCCCCGCUGUAAAGUCUGUCUGAAGGCGGUAUCAACCUGUGCACGUGGAAACAAAUUCAGGAGGAAACGCAAAAGUUUUUGUUGUUUCAGCGUUUCAUCCACAUGGAAACAACGUUUUAUCUGGAAACGAAUAUGUGACACAGCGUAACUCUUUUUUGGUGCCUGCGUUUGUCCGGCCAAAACAACCUGUAUACACAUGCUCUUUACUCUUCUUCUGUCUUUUGUGUAUUUCCUCAGCAGCGUUACAGCACUACCCACUGGCUUGGCGUAUGCACUACAUCGUUGUCAGUGGUUUGGUUUUGGGAGAUGAUAGAAAAAACGAUUAUUAAAGUGAAGUUGUCACUAAAUAAAAAAAUCGAAAAUUGACUUUUCAGAGAAAGAAAAUGUGAUUUUAUUUUAGGCCAAAAUUGUGCAGCCCUACUAGGUUAGUGUAGAUAGUACAGAGGAUUAUCUGUGACCGUGGUUCAUCAAAAAUAGACCUGACAUAGAGGAAGGUAUGGUGACAUCUGUCAGGGUUUGACUCUGGGAGUUUAGUUCCUGAUCUCUAACUUUAAAAGUAAAUACAGUACGAUUAAAGCUCCAGUUAGGAGUUUUCAGUGGGUUAUGAAGCAGACGAAAAUUAACAGUGAUGCAAACAACAUCAGUCAGAGCAUAGACACAGGACACUCUCAGCUGGUGUCACGCUAGUGUUAAUCGAACAAACACUGAAAUCGAACACAAAGCUAAUGAGGAGGAUGUAACUCCCUCUGAUGACAUUAAUCCCUUGUUUGUUUGCUCUAUCUGGAAAACACAAUCUGUAAUUUAAGACUCGGUCUGGGUGUGAUCUGUGUGUGUCUGUGUUUGUGUCCACAGUGGGUCUGAGCUGUAUGGGGAAGUUUCGUUGCGGUUCUUCGUCUCAGUGUAUCAGCGCCUCGGCUCAGUGCGACGGAGUAAUUCACUGCGACAACGGAGACGACGAGAUCGGCUGCGGUGAGUAAAUGAUAAACUCGGGAACCGAAGAUGCAGUUUUUUUCUUGGACUAAAUCUGAAAACAUGGAUCGUCUCAUUUGGAGGUAAUAGAGUUGAAACUUUCAGUUACGACAUACAAAAACCGUAUGAUUUAAAAUCUACUCACCUUGUGAGACCGGCAGCUUAACGAUUGUUGACAUCUUGUUUUGGUCCGCCAUCAGCUGAUUGGUAAAGGCCGAGGACGAGGUCCGAGAAAGACCUCACAGCCUGCUGCCAGUAUAGAAAUAUGACAGAUAGAAGUGUUCGAUCCCAUCAGCUCACUCUAGUAUAAGUAGAUCUAUGUUCUUUCUGCAUACCAAUACUUAAGAGCUUAUUUUUCUACAGUUCAUGCUCAAGCUUUGUCAUGUUUAAAAUCAGUGUCAGCUUCUGUUCACUUCUGUCUCUCUAAAGUGGGUCUGCCUGUUUGUCUGUCUGUCUGUGUCAGUGCGUCUGAGUGGGGGGAACUCGGUCCUGCAGGUCCAGAGAGGGGGUGUCUGGAGGACGGUCUGCUCAGAGGGCUGGAACAACGCUCUGGGGAUCUCUGCGUGCAAACAGCUCGGAUAUUCCAGGUCUGGUUUUCUCCCUGAACUAUCAGUCUUUUAUUUUAAUAAAGUCCAUAAAGUUAUAAAGUUAAAUCGUCAUCAGUCACGUGAUCAUCGGUUGUGUUUCCAUCAGGUACGUGGAGUCUUUCUUUGUCUCCCAGACCUCCAUCGAGCAGGAUCUUCAGUUACACCUGGUGUCCAUCAACCUGAGCCAAUCAGAGAUCAUUAAGCUGCAGAACAUCACAGCGCACAGGUGCAGAGCAGACCUCUGAUUUGACUGAGUGAGAAAACAUGAAAACUACCUGCUAAUGGUCGAUGACAGAGGGUCUCCAUUUCAGCCUGUUUGAAAACUCCUUACUGGAGCUUUGAUCUAUAGUCGUCUAUGUUUUCUGAGUUUGUCUGUGUCCUCCUCUUCCUCCUCCUCAUGUCCUCACAGUAAGUCUCAGUGCAGCUCAGGGAAGGUGACCACUCUGAAAUGUCUGGGUGAGGAACAGACUGAGUGAUUCUGACUCUGAUUUUCUAUGACAGAUGGAGUAAAGAUGGACUCCUCAUGUGUGUGUGUGUUUUUGCAUGGCAUGUUGAUGCAGAUGUGUGUUUUUCUUUCUGCAUCUGUCUGAGUGUCUGCAGAUAUGUUCUCAUAUCAGCUUAACAUAAUAGAUAUACGUAUAUAUCGAGUUUUCAUGACUGAAGAAUGCUGCUUAAGAAUCUUCCUGGUGCACGAAACCCUCUGGAUGUCCAUCAAAAUGCUCCAUCUGUGGACUGGUUUUGAACAAAGUGCUCUCUGGAUAACCUAUCAAAUGAUGAAAUGUAAACAAAAUGCCCCUCAAAUGGAUAAAAUAUGAACAAGACGCUUUCAGGAUGCCCUACCAGAGGAUUGAAUGUAUACUAAGUGUCAUGAUGCACAGGGUUGAACAAAGAACAAAACCUAAAUGCAGACGAAAAAGGGUUCAAUUAAAAGAUCUACAAAAAGAGAAAAAUCCAAAAGUCAAAAUCACAAGGGGACACUGGUGACUCAGACGUACACACACAGACACACAGUGAACCAACAAGACUGAGGGGAAGACAGGGACUAUAUACACACACAGGGAAAUGAGCAACAGGUGAGGCAGACGAGACACAGGUGAGACUCAUGAGUGAUUAACGAAGGAGGGAAAACUAGGGAAGUAAAAGCAGACUAGAAACACGAGGAAUCAACUCCUACAAAAUAAAACAGGAAAUAAACACUGAAAACUGAUCUAAAUAAUAAAACACAGAGAACAGGAGGGAAACAGUCAAACUGAAAACUCACAAGACUGGACUACAGGGGAACAGGAACACCAGGGAACAUACACUCAAAUAACAAAACCAGAAGAAAACUAAAUUUUCAGAACAUAUCAUGACACACAGAGCAUUUUGGUUUCUCUUCCAGUAGAAUAAAUCCAAACUUACUGCCCUCUGGAUGCUCUUCUGGUGGUUAAAUGUAAACAAAGUGCUUCCUGAGUGCCCUCACAGUUGAUGAAACAUACUGUCCCCUCUAGAAGCUCUAACAGUGGACAAAAUCCAAAAAAGACCCUCUGUUUGCCUCUCCAGUGGAUGAAUCGUAACCAAAGUCUAGUCUGAUUAAAGUCAAAUCUGUCCUCCUGAGUUCAUUUCCAAGUCUAAACUUAAUAAAGUACCUCAGUGGAAAAUUAACCUGACUUUAUAUGUUCAGGUGUUUUCUAAGGAUGUGUCUUUAUACUCUUUAAGUCCUUCCUAAUAGAAAGCAGGGCCUUUUUAUGAAGUUUUUUGAGGAUGUUUUACAAAAAAAUUUAAAAGUAUUGAUAUAAAAUUAUGAUGUAGUACAGAUUUAAUGAGUGUUUAUGUGUGUGUUUGUAUUUCUGCAUGUGUGUCUGCAUGAGGAUUCUAUUUUACAGUCUGCUGAUAAAAAACAUCGUUUCACAGUGAUCAGAUAUUUUCCCCUGCAAAUCCACAAAUCUUACAGCGUGUGUUUUCAAACAUCUCAUCACACUUCAGCCACUUUUUUUGUCGUCUUUGUCGUCUCAGAGAAGCACAAACUGACGUGGACGUGUCUCCUGUCUGUCCUCAGAGUGCGGCUCCAGGCCUCAGUACAGCACUCGGAUCGUCGGAGGAAACAUCUCCAGGGAGGGUCAGUUCCCCUGGCAGGUGAGUCUCCACUUCAGCAGCGAGCACCUGUGUGGAGGCUCCAUCAUCACGUCACGCUGGAUCCUCACCGCGGCUCACUGUGUGUACGGGUGAGGACCAAACACGAGCCGGAUCCUCUGGAAAAAUCUAAAAAGGGUCAACAAAGUCACAAACAGAGUCGUGUCUUCUGUCUCCAGGUUUGCAGACCCCUCCAUGUGGGUGGUUCACGUCGGCCUGACGGAGCAGCCGGUACAUGGAGCCCAGUCUCUGUCUGUGGAGCAGAUCAUUUAUCACACCCGCUACAGACCCAAAGGACUGGACUACGACAUCGCACUCAUGAAACUGUCCACGCCGCUGGUUUUUAACGGUAACCUUUGACCUCUUAACCAGACCGGACAUUUAAAGGUGGGGUAGGCAGGAAUCCGUUAAAGAAGCAUCAACAAAAAAACUUUAAUAUCAGUCAAUAGAUAGAAAUCGCUGUGUUCUCUUAUGUCUGUGUAGUCAACAUUUUAAAUGUUUUGAGUGGCCCGCUCUUUCUGACUGUAAACAAAGCCUCGGGUCCUGGACUAUGUCACUUUAUCCUCGUUGUAGAAGUCCUGCAAACAUUGUGUUUGCUGGUAGUCUGUUGGCAUCUACAGUAGCACCAAUGCUUUUGACUUUCACCUUGACUGGGCCCCAUUUGUAAUGAUCUGAAGUAUUUAUCUGCAUUAUAUCUGAAUUUAAUUGGAACGAUACGAGUGAGCAGGAGUGUCUGUUUGUGGGCGGGGCUUGAGGGGAGAGGAGGAGCUGAGGGGAAAACUGGUUGGGAGGGGUAGAGUUUACAUUCAAGAUUUCUCCCAAAAACUGGAACUUCCUCAGAUCUUGACUACCCCACCUUUAAAGCAAUAAAAGAAACACAUGUAUGAGAAUAGAGCAAAUUAAACAGACUGUCAGGGAAGUGACGUACUGGAGCAGGUUUACGAGGUCAGACCUCCCCUGUUUUUUCAGGUGAGUUGGGUCCUCCUCUCCCUCUCAGGUUUCUUCUCUCUCACAGCUCAGCACCAUUAUGUGUAUCAGUUGUCUAAAGUCUGAGUCCAUUAGUCUGAGGUAUAAAAGACAAAGCUGCUGACCUUAUUCUCUGGGAAAUGUAGUUUUUUAAGAGAGUUUGUAGUUCAUUCACAUCCUCCUCUGUAGGCCUUGUGGAGCCCAUCUGUCUGCCAAACCACGGGGAGGAGUUUGAGGAGGGAACCAUGUGCUGGAUCUCAGGGUGGGGGGCGACUGAGGAUGAAGGUGAGUCACAGGUACACUGUAGACCAGGUUUAACGUAAAACUGCCCCUUUAGUGGUCCUGAUUUGAUCGUCUUCUUUCAGGAGAGACCAGUGUGGUUCUGCGCUCGGCCAUGGUGCCGCUCCUCUCCUCUAAAACCUGCAACCAGCCCGAGGUUUACCAGGGCCUCAUCUCCACCUGGAUGAUCUGUGCAGGGUACCUGGAGGGGGGGACAGACUCCUGCCAGGUAGAGACAAGAUAAAGACAGACGACUAAAUUUGGACUAUGUCUGAUUGUUUGUGUAUGUUUAUAUUGAUAUGUCUGUCUGUGUGUGUGUUUAGGGGGACAGCGGGGGUCCUCUGGCCUGUGAGGACUCGUCUGUGUGGAAGCUGGUCGGAGCCACCAGCUGGGGGAUCGGCUGUGCAAUGAGGAACAAACCGGGAGUUUACACUCGAAUCACACGGUCACUCAGCUGGAUCAGGCAGCAGAUGGAGGUCAGUGCAUGAAGAGAGGAGUCCUGGUCCAGGAUGUCAUUAAAGUCUGACUCUGAGACCACAAAACUGUUUAUAUUCACUCUUCCUGAAGCCCAAAAUGUAAAGAGACCUCUGAGAAUCUGAUGGUUGAAACAUGUGCAAAAGCAAACACACGAUAAAUACAUGAUGCAAAUCCAAAAAGCAGAAAUGCAGAAUAAAAAUAACACAGUUUAGGUUCACAGAAGCGCUUCAGGCCUGUAGGAAAGUCGUUGUUGCUUCUAAAUUGGUCGAAUCACGCAGAGACAAUCGUCCUCAAGAUGGUUCAUUGCAAAAAAAUCUUGUUUUCCAUCCAAAAGCAGCUGUUGCACCACCCUCCUCAAAGCCACCAAACUCCACUGAUAAAAACUGUCGUUUUACGGUGCAGAAGACUGAAGCUGCUGGUCUACAGCUGUCUUAGUGGGUUAGUCAGUUUGUGUUGUGUGACUCAAGUGUUUUAAAAGUUCAAGUUUGGAGAAAACACUUCAGUUUUGUGACGCACAAAAAGGCAACUGCAAUCGACCACCUCCUGUGUUCAAUAAAAUUAAAAUGACUGUUUUUGUAAAUGGAGUUUGGUGGCUUUGUGAAACUCCGUCUCUGUUGGGAUCCAUGUAGACAUUGAAGAUAACAGUCUGAACCUGUCAGUGACAAAAAACAAGAACUUUGCGUGGUCGUGUUUCACCCCCCUCGAGGAUCACGUUGCAGCCAUUAAAAGCCUGAUUUGCAGCUGUCGGCUGCUGGAGCGACGCCAAAAUCUCUUUGUAGCUGUUAGUCAUUUAGUCCCGAGUCAUCCUUCAAAAACUCGACUUAAGAGGGGAGUUUAAGGGAGCGUGCAGAUCUACACACAAUCCAUUAUUUUCCAUUAAACCCUGACUAAUUGACGAGUGCCUGCAGUCCCAGCUGUUAGCGGCUCUGAGACGCUGGACUGACAGCUGGUUCUCCUCAUUAAUAGAAUCUGAGUCGAGCAGCUGGCAGCAGGAAAGUCUUCUUAUUUCUCUAAAAGCAGCUGUCUUCAUGUGGAGGAAGCUUUGAACUGCUGCUCUCCACACCAACUUCCUUUUGGCAUUUAGAUGGUGUGAUAUGAGUGAGUGUUUUUCCACUAUUAAAAUCUCUGAUAGGCAGCAUGGAGACAAACUGAAGUUACAGGGACCCUUCCAAAAAUAAAACCGUUUAUCUGGAGACGAUUAUUCCCAAUAAGGUUGUAAAAACAUCUCGGCUCGGGUGGGACUUCUUUCUGUUUGUUUGUUUGUUUUGGUUUUCAAAGCUCUCAGUGGUGUAACCGACUCAACACAAUCUCAAAAACUCUCUGUUUCAAGAGUCUUGACUUUCGGAGGACAAAGCUUUUAAAACGUAGAAAGUAAGCCUGACUGAAUCCUCUCACCUGACAGGUGUUGGGUUUUAUGAUGCUGGUUAUCAAAACACAAAGUGUGAACAUCUGGCUUCUCACGAUAAACAGCACUUUAAUAUGAGGGUGAGUGAUAAAAUCCCCAAAAAGAUAAACAUGAAAAACUUUCACAUCAGACCUGGAUCCAGGGUUGCUGCAGACUUUUGACUAUUUAUGACCAAAAAGAAGAACAUUUAUCAAACAUUAAACUCAGAUGCACAUAUCUAACUUUAGUGGAUCCUAAAGUUUUAAAGAUUUUUAGCCAAACUUAUAAGUUGCCUCUUAUCCUGGUUAAGCUCUCCCUAUCAAUUCCUCAUGCAUGCUGACGAAGUUGGUAUAACUAGAGAAGAAAGCGGUCUGCAACCUUCAUCUCUUAAGGAGGUGUCGAACUCGGUGUUACGGUGUGUUUAAUUUUACACCAGAAUAUCCCUUUAAUAUGAGGGUGAGCGAUAAAAUUCCCAAAAGAUAAACAUGAAAAACUUUCAAAUCAGACCUGGUUGCUGCACACUUUUGACUUUUAUGACCAUAAAAAGAAAAAUAUUUCACUUUUGCCAAAGUUUUAAAACUAUUUUCCAAACUUGAAAGUCGCCUCAUAUCCUGGUUAACCUCUCCCUGUCAUUUCCUGAUGCAUGCCGACCUUAUGCCCCACUUGAGGUUGUCUUCAUGUUUCCACGUUAAUGUGCACUUCAUCCUAAACUUGUCUCUUUUUGUGUUUCAGAGAGAGUCCCACACCCAGAUGACUCUGAGCACGGACAACUGA